CCCUCCUCACCAGGGUAACUAACUCCCAGAGGACUCCGAUACAGGUGGGGAUUUCUCCUUCUCUCCCUGUGCUUCCCUCUUUGGUGCAUCAUGGGCGCUGUGCUGUGUUGAGGUAUGUUACUGCCCUCUCUGUGAGAGGAUCAGAACUUCCCUGGAAUGAGAUGGAUCCCACAAAAGAGACACCCAAGAAAAACAACAUAGAACAUCUAAUUGCCGACAGGCGGGAAGGAAUUGGUGUCUGUGGAUGGAUCCUGGUUUCCAUAUCUUUCCUGUUGGUGCUCAUAACCUUUCCUAUUUCCAUCUGGGCGUGUAUCAAGGUUGUCAGAGAAUAUGAACGUGCUGUUGUAUUUCGGCUGGGACGCAUACUGUCUAAGAAAGCCAAGGGACCAGGUUUGAUUCUCAUACUUCCAUGUACAGAUACGUUUAUCAAGGUUGACCUUAGAACUGUUACGUGUAACAUUCCUCCACAAGAGAUUCUCACAAAAGAUGCUGUUACUACUCAGGUGGACGGGGUGGUGUACUACAGGAUCCACAGUGCAGUCUGUGCUGUUGCCAAUGUCAACAACGUACAUUCAGCCACCUUCCUAUUGGCACAGACAACCCUGAGAAAUGUGCUGGGUACACAGACCUUGGCUCAGCUCCUGGCUGGUCGAGAAGAGAUUGCACACAGUAUCCAGGCCAUACUUGACAGUGCCACGGAGCAGUGGGGAAUCAAAGUGGCUCGUGUGGAGAUCAAAGAUGUCAGGAUUCCUGUGGCCAUGCAGAGGGUGAUGGCAGCCGAAGCAGAGGCCACACGAGAAGCAAGAGCUAAGGUUGUGGCAGCAGAGGGAGAGAUGAAUGCCUCUAAAGCCCUCAAGCAGGCCUCCAUGGUGCUGGCUGAGUCUCCAGCAGGUCUUCAGCUGCGCUACCUGCAAACGUUGACAACUGUCGCAGCAGAGAAUAAUUCCACUAUUGUCUUCCCUCUGCCUAUUAAUUUGCUUGAUGGUUUGGGGCAGAAAAAUAGAGGGGGAUAGAGAUUGAUCUACACUAGCUGCUUGGGUUGAAAGAUCAAAAGGGUUUCUCAGGAAGCAAAGAGUUCCAGAUUACCAAAGUAGAGGAAAAUAAAAAUAAAAAAAAUAGUUUAAUAACCACACAUAGCUUUCCCAAAGAGAGACUGCAUUUGAGCAAAGAAAGUUGCAUGUUCAGGCACUGAGC